GUAUAAUGAUUUUUUUUUAACCAGGAAUGUACUAUCAUACUAAAUUAAUGCCAUGUUGACAAAAAUAGGAGUAAUAAUGUUUUAUUUUUGGUGUGUAUAUUAAAGUCUUUUUUGGCUUGUCCAACUAGACUUCAUUGAUGUCUGUACACACCCAACACUCUCCUUCCUCCCCCAACGGUCAUAUUUCUCCGACAAUAUACAAACGGUCACUAAACCUUUAACUACUUUUCCACCGUUCGAUUCUGUAAAUCCAACGGCUUAGAAACAUCCUGAUUGCCUCGUGCAUUACUCACUCUGCCCCAAAAAAAAAACAAUUUAGUGUAAAAAGAAAAGUGACUUCAAUUCUCGAAGACCCAACAAGAAAACAAACUGAAAAAGUUGGUGAGAAGUAUGGUAUUAGUAGAACAACCCUGUAUACUACCACAUUCUGUAGAGUGUUAGAGAGAGAGAGAGAGAGAGAGAACCAAAAGUGAGUGAGAGUGAGAGAGAGAAACCAGAUAGAGAGAGAGAGAGAGAGAGGGACAACAAGAAAGAAAAGGAUUAUAGCAGUCACAGUAAUCUCUGAGUGAAGUUCUGAUCUGGGUUUUGUGUGUUUGGGUUUCUUGAUCUGGGAAAUUUGGCAAACCGGGAUGGAAAACCGGAAUGGAGAACCGGGUCUACAAAGUCUGUUCAUCAACGGAGGAGAUCAUCUUCUUCAACAACAGCUUCCUCUGUUCAUGAUGAUGUGAUUUUCGUUGGUCAUCAUUAUCAUCAACAUUUUAGAUUUUGUUUGUUAAAAAAAACUUGAAGGAAUCCGAUGAUUGUGUGUUUAUGGUAGAUUGAUUUGAUUAAGUUUUAUAGAUUAGUUCUAUUCUUUCAUUCUUUUAUUUGAUUAUAUAUUUUAUUUGGGGGAGGGGGUUCAUUUCAUUUUCUAUUUAUUUGCAUAUUAAGUCACAAAAAAUCAUUCAUAUAGGAUUUUCACUUUGAUUUCUUUCUAUUUUGAUUUUUUUUUUCCCAUCGGAUUCCAUUUUUUUUAAUCAAUUGUUGUUUGUGCAAACAGACACUUAGACCAUAUCACUCACAUAGAUUAAUUUGGGGGUGGGUAGAUAUUUUUUGUAGAGGAUGUUGGCAGGUUGUUCAAGUUCAUCAUUGUUGUCACCGACCAGAAGAUUAAGGAGUGAAGCAGCAGCAGCAACAUCAUCAGCCGUAUCAGUACAUUUUCCCAUGAACACACAAAGAUUGGACUUACCCUGCAGCAGUAGUAACUUCCCCCGCAAGGAAACACCUUCCAGCCGACCACUUGGACGCAGCAUCUCACUCGACAACAUCAACAGCAACAACAACAACAACAACAAAACUGGUGGAUGUUCGCUUAAGCAGAGCAUAAAGCUUCCACCUUUGGCAACUACAAGAGGAAAUGCAGAUGGGUUUUCAUGGAACAACGACAACAACAACAACAGAGAGAAGAAGAGUUUGAAGAGAUUGGCUGAAGACAAGGAGGACGAGUCUUGUCUGAGCAGAGUGAAGAGGCAAAGAGGUGAUAAUGAUGAAAAGUUGAUCUCUACUCAGCCUUUACGGGGUCAUCCACACUGGGUUAACUCGGUUAUCACCGAGUUAGCUGGUUUAGGCGAUAAGGACAUCGAGAGUAACCGUCCUGCUUCAGGAUCAUCAACAAGCGCAUCAGCAGAGAGUCAUAGCUUCAGACACAGAGUACCAGAACCCACAAACGGUUCAAGGCAUCCGUAUACACAACACGGAGGCAGCGCAGAGAGAAGGACCAUUGAGAACAUCAACAACAACAACAACAACAAUCACAGGAACGACACACAGAGAGAUUUGGAGCUUGUGAAUCUCCUUACGGGAUGCUUAGAAGCGAUCAGAACAAGAAACAUAGCAGCGAUCAACCAUUUCAUCGCAAGAAGCGGUGAACUUGCUUCUCCUAGAGGAACAACACCAAUGACUCGUCUCAUAGCUUACUACACCGAAGCUCUAGCUCUAAGAGUGGCUCGCAUGUGGCCUCACAUCUUCCACAUCACACCGCCUCGUGACUUCGAGGACGAGUCAGCAAACGCGUUGAGGUUCUUGAACCAAGUGACACCAAUCCCAAAGUUCAUUCACUACACAGCGAACUCGAUGCUACUCAGAGCGUUCGAAGGGAAAGAGAGAGUUCACAUCAUCGACUUCGACAUCAAGCAAGGCUUACAAUGGCCCAGCUUCUUCCAAAGCCUAGCUUCAAGGCCCAAUCCACCACGACACGUGCGCAUCACAGGCGUUGGAGAAUCCAAACACGAGCUCAACGAGACGGGAGACCGUCUCCACGGCUUCGCGGAGGCGAUGCAUCUCCAGUUCCAGUUCCAUCCCGUGGUGGAUAGGCUCGAGGACGUUAGGCUGUGGAUGCUUCACGUCAAGGAAGGCGAAGCCGUCGCCGUGAACUGCGUUUCGCAGAUGCACAAGACGCUUUACGACGGGACAGGAGCUGCGGUUAGAGACUUUGUGGGUUUGGUCAGAAGCACCAACCCUGUAGCUGUCGUUAUUGCAGAACAGGAAGCGGAACACAACUCCGUGCAGCUCGAGACGAGAGUGUUUAACUCGCUAAAGUACUAUUCCGCGGUUUUUGACGUGAUGCACAAGCGUCUCGGUGCGGAUAGCUUGAUGAGGGUUAAGAUCGAGGAGGUUUUGUUCGGGAGAGAGAUCAGGAACAUUGUGGCGUGCGAAGGAAGUCAUCGGCAGGAGAGGCAUGUGGGUUUUGGGCAGUGGAGGAGGAUGCUGGAGCAGUUAGGGUUUCGGAGUCUUGGAGUUUCGGAGAGAGAGGUUUUGCAGAGCAAGAUGCUGCUUAGGAUGUAUGGAGAUGGCGAUGAGGAGUUCUUUAAUGUAGAGAGGAGCGAUGAAGAUGGAGGAGGAGUCACGUUGCGGUGGUUGGAUCAGCCGCUUUACACGGUCUCGGCUUGGAGUGUCGGAGGGAGUUCUUAGGGAUUUGGAUGAAUAUUAUACAUUUAGGGAUUUGGAGUCUAUAGAGAAAUGGGUAUAAGUUUUUUUUUUUUAAAGAAAAUUGGUUUUAUUCUUUUAUUCUUUUUCUUGGGGUGGGAAAUUUUUAUAAAUGAAGGCUUAGAAGAAAUAUUUGUAUUGGUUUGGAUCUUAUAUUCUUUUCUUUUUUUUUUUGUCAUCCAUCUUAUAUCCUUUUAUGAAUAAAAAAAUGAAGUAAUUUUAUA